AUGUCAGCCCUUAUUGCGGAAUCAUGGACGUGGUACGCCCUUUGCUGGGUCGUAGUCCUUGCGCGAACCGUUUCGCGAAGAAUCCUGCAUGGGUCGUUCAAGAAGAUUCAAACGGAUGAUAUCCUCAUGCUGGUCGCUAUGGUUACUGAUACCGUUUUGAUUGCCUGCAUGAAUAUCCUAGGAACUACGAAUACCAAUCUAAUUGAUCCUAACGACACCACGGUUCUCACGCCUGAAUCUAUCGUUGAGCGAACGUAUGGAUCGAAGCUUGUGUUGGUUGUUGAACAGAUGCAGAUCAUCACAGUGUGGUUGAUCAAAGCCUGCCUCUUGAUCAUGUACGGUCGAUUGACGAUGAGCUUGAAGCAGAACUUGGCCGUCAAGAUUGUCGCAGGCUAUGUCGCAUUCGGUUUCAUCCUGAUGGAGGUUCUUUACUUGGGUGUUUGGUGCCGACCUUUUAGCGAAUACUGGGCUGUUCCAACCGCUAACGCACAAUGCUCUGCCGCCACAAACCAUCUAAUCACCAACGCUGUGCUGAACAUAUCUUCCGAUAUCAUGAUCAUUUUGAUUCCGAUGCCUAUUUUUCUCCAGGCUAAACUGCCAGCUAAAAAGAAGGCAAUUCUGGUUGGGGUCUUCGCUCUCGGUGUCUUUACGAUUCUCUCGGCCAUUCUCAACAAAUACUACAGUUUCAAUGAACCAUUUGGGUCAGCCUGGACAUUCUGGUACAUCCGAGAAUCGUCGACCGCCAUCAUCACAGCAAAUCUGCCCUUUACUUGGACUCUUCUACAGCGCACCUUCAACCUCCGCUCUUUCAACGGCAAAUCUUCCAACGUGAGAACAAGUGAGGCGGCAUCACGUGGUUUCAGGUCUGCGUACGGAAGAGGGACGAGCCGUCGGGUGUCUAUCUCAAGAGGUCAUGGGGUUGAGCUAGGCCCAUCUGAUAGCCAGGAGCAGAUCAACAACUCAUUCGGUAUGCCGCUGAAAAUCUACCACCAGACCGAAGUUCGUAUCAGCAGUCACGAAACCGAAGGCAAGACCGAAAGAGUCUCGUCUCCUGAGACGCCGCACUCAACUGUAACAACGUUAAAGAGUGUUUUCCCUGGUGGUUCCACUGAUGCGGAAACAUCUUCGAAUGAGUCGGAUAUUGGCGUAGUGACUGUCUGUCGGAAAGUUUAA